AUGGCUUCUGCUUGGCGGAGACUGGGCUUUUAUGUCUCUUUUCUGAAAAGCCAGCAAGAUGGCGGGCCAGGGAUCAUCAGUGGGGGAAGGAGAGUGAUUCCGGGAUGGGCCAGAGGUAUUUACAGUGCCACGGGAGAGUGGACGAAAGAGUACACACUGCAGACAAGAAAGGAGGUCGAGAAAUGGUGGCAUCACCGAAUAAAAGAACAGGCAUCCAAAAUUUCAGAAGCCGAUAAAUCAAAGCCCAAGUUCUAUGUACUGUCCAUGUUCCCGUAUCCUUCUGGCAAGUUGCACAUGGGCCACGUGCGUGUGUAUACCAUCAGCGACACCAUUGCACGGUUCCAAAAGAUGAGAGGGAUGCAGGUCAUCAACCCCAUGGGAUGGGAUGCCUUUGGACUGCCUGCUGAAAAUGCAGCCAUUGAGAGGAAUCUACAUCCAGAAAGUUGGACACAAAGUAAUAUUGAACACAUGAGGAAGCAGCUUGAUCGACUGGGCCUGUGUUUCAGCUGGGAUAGGGAAAUAACUACAUGUUUACCAGAUUACUACAAAUGGACUCAGUACCUCUUUAUUAAGCUCUAUGAAGCUGGGCUGGCCUAUCAAAAGGAGGCCUUGGUUAACUGGGACCCAGUGGAUCAAACAGUGCUUGCCAAUGAGCAGGUGGAUGAACAUGGCUAUUCGUGGCGUUCGGGAGCAAAGGUGGAGCAGAAGUACCUCCGACAGUGGUUUAUUAAGACAACUGCUUAUGCAAAGGCCAUGCAGGAGGCGCUGGUGGACCUUCCCGAGUGGUAUGGAAUAAAAGGCAUGCAGGCCCACUGGAUCGGAGACUGUGUGGGCUGCCAUCUGGACUUCACAUUGAAGGUGGAUGGUCAAGUCACAGGAGAAAAGCUGACUGCCUACACAGCCACCCCUGAGGCCAUUUACGGCACCUCCCACGUGGCCAUCUCUCCCAGCCACAGACUCUUACAUGGGCACAGCUCUCUGAAGGAAGCCUUCCGGAAGGUGCUUGUUCCUGGCAAAGAUUGCCUCACGCCCGUGAUGGCUGUGAACAUGCUCACCCAGCAGGAGGUCCCUGUCGUUAUCUUGGCCAAAGCUGACUUGGAGGGCUCUCUGGAUUCCAAAAUAGGAAUUCCGAGCACCAGUCCAGAGGACACCACCUUAGCCCAGACCCUGGGCCUCCCCUACUCUGAAGUCAUUGAAACUUUGCCGGAUGGCACAGAGAGGAUGAGCAGCUCUGCCGAGUUCACAGGCAUGAGCCGGCAGGAUGCGUUUCUAGCCUUGACUCAGCAAGCCCAGAGGAAGAGGGUAGGUGGAGACGUGACAAGCCACAAACUGAAGGAUUGGCUGAUCUCGCGACAGCGGUACUGGGGCACGCCCAUCCCCAUGGUCCACUGCCCGGCCUGCGGCCCGGUACCCGUGCCUCUGCAGGAUUUGCCCGUGACCUUGCCCCACGUUCCAUCUUUCACCAGCAAAGGAGGCUCGCCACUGGCCACGGCUUCAGAGUGGGUGAACUGUGCCUGCCCUAGCCCUUUUAAUGCAGCGUUGGCAGAUUACUGGAUGCCUGUGGAUUUGUACAUCGGAGGGAAGGAACACGCCGUCAUGCAUUUGUUCUAUGCGAGAUUCUUUAGUCAUUUCUGCCAUGAUCAAAACAUGGUCAAACACAGAGAACCUUUCCAUAAGCUGCUGGCCCAAGGCCUUAUCAAGGGGCAGACAUUCCGCCUACCAUCAGGACAGUAUCUCCAGAGAGAGGAAGUAGAUCUCACAGGUGCUGUUCCUGUUCAUGCAGAAACGAAGGAGAGGUUGGAGGUGACGUGGGAGAAGAUGAGCAAGUCCAAACACAACGGGGUGGACCCCGAGGAGGUCGUCGAGCAGUACGGCAUCGACACCGUCCGGCUCUACAUCCUUUUCGCUGCCCCUCCUGAGAAGGACAUCUUGUGGGAUGUGAAGACCGAUGCCCUUCCCGGGGUGCUGAGGUGGCAACAGCGUCUGUGGGCCUUGGUGACCCGCUUCAUCGAGGCCAGGGCUCCUGGGACGGCUCCCCAGCCCCAGCUGCUGAGUGAUGAGGAGAGAGCCGAGAGCAAGAAGCUCUGGGAGUACAAGAACUCGGUCAUCUCUGAGGUAACCACCCAUUUCACAGAGGACUUCUCACUGAAUUCUGUAAUUUCUCAGCUGAUGGGACUCAGCAGUGCCCUCCUGCAAGCUUCUCAGAGAGUGGUCCUCCACAGCCCCGAGUUUGAGGACGCGCUGUGUGCCCUGACAGUGAUGGCCUCCCCGAUGGCCCCCCACAUCACCUCGGAGCUCUGGGCAGGCCUGGCGCAGGUGCCCGGGAAGCUGUGUGCCCACUACGCCUGGGACGCCGGUGUGCUGCUUCAGGCGUGGCCAGCCGUGGACCCACAGUUCCUCCAGCAGCCCGACGUGGUGGAGAUGGCCGUCCUGAUCAACAACAAAGCCUGCGGCAAGAUCCCUGUGCCGCAGGGAGUCGCACGGGACCAGGACAAAGUCCAUGAGCUCAUCCUCCAAAGCGAGCUGGGUGUCAGACUCUUGCAGGGGCGAAGCAUCAAGAAGGCUUUCCUGUCCCCCAGAACGGCCCUCAUCAACUUCCUGGUGCAGGACUGACUGCGGGGGGUGGGCUGAGGAAGGAGGAAUGUG